GCUGCGAGGCCGGUGCCUCCAGAUGAGCCACUCAGAGGCAGCCACCUGUCUUCCUUGCCUCUGAUUGGCUGGGAAGAGCGCGCCCAGAACGGCCACCAGCUGCGACCUGGGAGUCCCCGUGAACCCGCGACCGUUAAACGGCCCAACCGCCAGGUGCCGAGUUACUUCAUUUCAAGCUCUCUGGGCGCUGAGAGAGCACCUGACCUAAGAAAGGCCCUAGUAUGCAGAUGAGGAUGUGACAGUGAGAUUGGAGGAGCAAUGGACUCUGGAGACAAUAGGAGCACUAAAGAGAAGCUAGUAGAGAAGGUGAAAGAAGCUAUAGUAAUUUUUAAGCAUAUUAAAUGGGUAACUGUUCUUACCUCGCCAUGUUCUCAAAUAUGGCACAAGAGAACCUCAGUGGCCAUGUGGACAUAAGAGAUUUAUUUAUUUAUGCAUUCAAGAGCUGGGAUAAAGGCCGGAGAUACGGGGUGUGAGAGAUUCACCAGCAACAAUGGGGAGCACAACAGGCGGAUCUACUGAAAUCCACUGCUGAGGGGAGCAACGGACUAGACAGGAGAGAUCUGCUGCGCCAUAAACUCAGCCCAAAGGAAGAUGAUAUCUAUGAAAAUGUCAAGAUUGCAGGCAUUAGCCCUGACCAUGUCUCUAGCUAUGGUCUCUUGAACACACCACCUCCUCGCUCUGGGUUCUUCUUCCACCCGUCUAUGAAAUAGCCGCUUAAACAGCAUAGACAAAUGAGGGAUGGAGCUGGCGAUGACAGGAAGCCACAUACCCUUCAAAGGCACCUCUCUUUCUUAGUGCUGUGCUUUUUGAGUAAGCCUGUCAUUGUUUCACAGACCUUCUUCGGAGGCGCUUGGAGAAAAAAGCAAGAAAUCUUGUUUGCUCUUCCCCUCAUUAGGGUCUUCUGGUUGGGCCAGACCUGGCUUGAGAAACGUAUAGGCUUGAAAAUGAACCCCACAGAUAUAAUGGACACUACCCUGGAUGAAAUUGCCUACAACAGUUACUAUCUAGAUAUGAAUAUUCCCAAGCCUUGUACCAAACAAGGAGUCAAGGCAUUUGGGGGGCUCUUCCUUCCCCCACUCUACGUUUUGGUCUUUCUUUUUGGUCUGCUUGGAAAUGCCAUCGUGGUUCUGGUCCUGCUCAAGUACAAGCGGCUCAAGUCCAUGACUGACGUGUACCUGCUCAACCUCGCCAUCUCGGACCUGCUGUUCGUGUUCUCCCUCCCUUUCUGGGGCUACUAUGCUGCAGACCAGUGGAUUUUUGGACUAGGUCUCUGCAAGAUGAUUUCCUGGGUGUACUUGGUGGGCUUUUACAGUGGCAUAUUCUUCAUCGUGCUCAUGAGCAUCGACAGAUACCUGGCCAUUGUGCACGCUGUGUUUUCCUUGAGAGCAAGAACCUUGACUUAUGGGGUCAUCACUAGCUUGGCCAUUUGGUCCCUGGCUGUAUUAGUGUCCCUUCCAGGGCUUUUAUUCAGCACUUGUCAAACUGAGCGCAACCAUACCUAUUGCAGAACCAAGUACCCUCAUAACUCCACAAACUGGAAGGUUGUGAGCAUCCUGCAGAUCAACAUAGUAGGAAUGGUGAUCCCCUUUGGGAUCAUGCUGUUUUGCUAUUGUAAGAUCAUCAGGACCUUGCAGCACUGUAAAAACGAGAAGAAGAACAAGGCGGUGAAGAUGAUCUUUGCCGUGGUGGUCCUCUUCCUGGGGUUCUGGACACCCUACAAUAUAGUACUCUUCCUGGAGGGCCUGGUGCAGCUGGGGGUCCUUGAGGACUGCACCUUUGAAAGACACCUGGACUAUGCCAUUCAGGCCACAGAGACCCUGGCUUUUGUUCACUGCUGCCUUAAUCCAGUCAUCUACUUUUUCCUGGGACAGAAAUUUCGCAAGUACAUCAUACAGCUCUUCAAAACGUGCAGGGGCCCUUUUGUGUUCUGCCAAUACUGUAGACUCCUCCAUAAUUACUCCCCUGAUACCCCGAGCUCAUCUUACACACAGUCCACCGUGGAUCAUGAUUUCCAUGAUGCUCUGUAAAAAAAAAGAAAUUGCAAAGAACAGGGUGAAUAAAUUCCCAAAUUAAGCGUUUACUUGAAAUUGUAUUUUAGGAAGAGGUCUCAGCAAAUUUCAGGAAGAAGACUGACAAUCCAUUGCAGAAGGAGGGGUUCUUACCCUGCAGUCAGCUUUUUCUCAGGUCAUGUAGGAGUUCAGUGCAGCAAGAGUUCUGUACUGAGGUGUGUCCUUUCUCACUCCAUGUUUACCUGCAGCAAUAAGUAAAUCUUAUAAUUCUGAGUACAGUUUCAAUGAGGUUAUAGAAAAUAUUGGAAAGGAAAGACCAUUCCCUUUUCCCCUGAGCUAAUGGGGUUCUCCAAAGGGAAGUGCAGAGACUUGACUUAUGGACUGCUGUGAAAUUAUGUCUUGCUGUGAAAACUGGACCCUUUAUUAAUUUCUAGAUUUUGUGGAUACAAUAUAGAAAACUUUGGCACACUGUUCUAAAAUUUUUCUAGAUAUCUAUCUGAAGCAUGGUAUUUCCAUGAAGCGAGGUGUAUGCAGCAGCAGCUAGUGAAGUCACGAACCUAGAUUUUGAUGCUUUCAUUGCAAAGGAUUAUUUGUUGCUGGAAGCCAAACUGUUUGUGCUGAUUACAAGUUGUAAGGACAUGGAGGCAUUAGUGUGGUCUGAUUUCCAAACAAAAAGUACAAGGCAUUCAAAAUUCAAACGUACUUAUGAAAAUUCAAGUUCUAUUGUGAAAUUUCAUAUGCCCAUGGACAGUUUUUAUUUUAAUCAUAACAGAUGAAUAGUCAAAGAAAUAGAUUGUUCCAUGUAUAUUUAUUUGGGGUCUUUUACUUGUUUAUAAAUAUUGUCUCCAAAACUAAUAAUGAGGACUAAGAAAUUAUGCAAUUGUCUCCUUAAUUAUGUUGAAGUGCUCUCAUCAAUUGAGGUAGAAAUUUUUGCUGAUGUGGCAUAAAAAUGACUGUUAAGGGCCUCCCUGGUGGCCUGGGGGUUAAAUCUCAGUUCCUGGCCAGGGAACUACCCACAUAUGGCACUGCAGGCCUCUCCUGUGUCUCCCACUGCUCCUCUCAGCAGUGUAUUUCAGUAGAUCCAUCUCUUCUGUUCCCCACUCUAUCUCCGGUGAAUCCUGUCACUCCCCGAACCUCUGGACUACACCCCAGG